AAGGUUCAUGACGUUUUUGAUUAUUUUAAGAAUCUAUGUUUUAUAAGGAUAACAUCCUAAUUUUCCGUAGAUAAAUAUAGGAAGAUGUGCUUUGAGGUACUAAUGAAAUAGCAAAUCAUGGAGUCUCAUUUUGGCCAAAAAGUUUUCCAUACAACCCAACCACACCCAUCCAAGAGCUCGACCAUUCAAGUCCAAAUAUCUACCGGUGACAUUCGGGAUUUCUCUCGAUUGUCUAAAGGCAUAUUGAUUGAUCCAACGUCAAACAAUCGUAUAUCAACUCAACCUUUGAAAAUGUUUGACAACUUUGAAUUCUCAUCCAUCGUGAGCGGUUAUAGUGUCAAUCAGGUUCAUCUCCCAAUAAAUGGUGUGUGUUUCUCACAUAACUUUUCAAGCCAGAGAUCAAUGAACGUAAACAAGGCGGUUAAACUUGCAAAACCGGUGAAAAACAAAAGAGGGCGCUAUAUAAGAAAGAGCUCAUGGACAUCUACACAAGUAACUUCGCUGAUUGAUGACGGGCAUACAUGGAGAAAAUAUGGUCAAAAAGAGAUUAUAAAUGCAAGACACAAAAGGAACUACUAUAGGUGCACCCACAAGUUUGACCAAGGCUGUCAAGCAACCAAACAAGUUCAAAAGAUUGAAGAUGAGCCACAAAAAUAUAAAAUCACAUAUCAUCGACACCACACUUGCAAGAAUUUCCUAAGAACCCCUCAAAUAUUUUUGGAUACGACAGACCAUAAUGAUACAUCUGUCCUUCUAAAUUUCGAGUCAAAUGAGCUCAUUCUGAAUGACAAAUUAGUUGAUGCCCAUUUUCCUUUACAUACACAAGAAGAACCACCAACAUACCGUUUUUCGUCUCUAGAGUCAUUGAACAAUCAAUCGCCUUCGUUUGAUAAUAAUCCACCCCUUAAUGUUAUUAUCUCGGAUCCCUCUAGGUUGGAACAUGGAGAAGAGAUUUCAACAGGGUUAUAUUCACCAAUUUAUGAGAUCGACCAUAUACUUGAAGAUAUCGAUUUGAGUGAAAUUCCAUUUGAUUUUACACAUUGACGGCCUACGGAUUUGUAUUGUUUGCAAGUAUUAUGAAUGCAUAAAUGGUCAACAAAUAACAUGAAAAAUGUGAACCAAUUUGUUUGUAUAUAUAGAAGUUAAUUCAAAAUAAGCAAUUUCAAUUCAUUUGUUUCUAAA